UUGAACCGUAACGUAACCCAACCGUCUAAACUGGCAACUUUCGCUCUCCUCCUCUCGUUCUCCGCAACUCUCUCUCUCUCUCUCUCCUCUCGCAAGAUGUCUCUCCGUGUGCAAUUCAACCCUACCUCUCAACCUCCCCCAAUGUCCUCAAUCUUCAUUCCGCCAUUGUUACAGCUCAAAUCUUCCACUCCACGCGUACUAAUCUUCGAUCAGGUCCACCCUCGCCGAUCUGUCUCCUUAAAUUUAUGCUCCUUCUCAAUUAUAUAUAUGUAUGUAUGUAUGUGUCUAUUAGAUUGUGUUUGUAUUGUGUCUUGAUUGCUUUUAGAUCAAGGACGUGAAUAUAUUUGGGGAAAAAUGCCGAUCCGAGUGAAGGAAGAAGAGAGAAUCGAAAGGAUCAUUCGUAACCUUUUGAAGCUUCCGGAGAAUCGGAGAUGUAUCAAUUGUAACAGUCUGGGGCCACAAUAUGUGUGCACUACUUUCUGGACCUUUGUUUGCACCAACUGUAGUGGAGUGCAUCGGGAAUUCUCCCACCGAGUAAAAUCUGUGUCAAUGGCUAAAUUUAAUACAGAAGAAGUUAAUGCUCUUCAAGCUGGGGGAAAUGAGCGAGCAAGGGAAAUUUACUUCAAAGAGUGGGACCCACAGCGUCAUUCAUUUCCAGAUUGCAGUAAUCAAAAUAGACUUCGGGAUUUUAUUAAACAUGUCUAUGUGGAUAGAAAAUUUACUGGUGGGAGGAGUAUGGGCAAGCUUGCAAUGGUGAAAACAGAUACCAAGGAAGACUCCUGUGACUGGCAUUCAGGUGAGAGACCUAGUUCUGGACAAAGGAGUGAUGACAGAAGUUCAAAAUAUUAUAUUGAUGAAAGAAGAAGUCCGGGGUACAAACUAGACAAUGUCAGAUCUAGCACUCACAGGAACCGUCCCGUUAACUUUGAGAUAGUCGAUGACAGGUUUCGAGAUGAUGGGUAUGGAAGUGGCAAGCGAUCUGAAACGCAUAGGCCUUCUAAUGCAGAGUCCAGGGCACGGGGCAAGUCACCAGUUUAUCAAAAAAGCAGGAACGUCAUCAGUCCCCCAGUAGUGCGCCCAGUCAGGGAUAUUUUGGGUGAUAAUGUUCCAAAUUUGAGGGUAGGCGAAUCUCCUGAAGCAAAUGACAGGAUGGAUAAUGAGAGCUCUACUCAUGGCACGAAAACGGAAUCUUCGAAUGAUCCAGGCUCUGUUGAUAGGAAAUCACAGGAACAUAAAAGAGUGAACUCAGGUAGCUUGAUUGAUUUUAGUGCUGAUCUCGAGCCUGCUGAUCCUGCAGCAGUGCCACAAACACAACAAACAGCUCUAUCAAUCGAUGGUGGCAAUGGGGCCUCUGUUCAAUCUUCCACAAAGGCAAAUGCUUCUGAUGCUUCAAAUGCAAAUUCUUUGGAAUCUAUUUUUUUUGAAUUGUCAGCUCCUCCAGCUGGACCUGUAGAUAUAAUGUCUGCAGCACCAGGCAAUGCUGUUGCUCCUUCAGCUACACCUGUUGCACUAUCCAGUACACCGACAGCCUUCAAUACUGGAGAUGCUUCUGCAUCGUCACCAUUUGGAAUGGCGCCAAUGCCACCAAGUAGUAGCAGUGAUUCAAUGGCCAGAGCUACUGAUGACAGCCCUAAUAUUCAACAGACUUCUCCGUCAGUUGGAGCUUUUUAUAAUCAGACAUGGACUUCAUCACUUACACCAAAUGCUCAAGAUUCAUCAAGUGCUGCUGCUGGAGACUCAUCUCAACCCAGCUCUAAAGUAGUCCAAGAUACCACCUCCGGACUUGGGUCACAAACUCUUCUGGUGGAAACGAAGUCUCGUGGGAGGCAGGAACUUCCAUCGGACCUUUUCACUGCAAGCCAUUCAUCAUUUCCAGCACCAGUUCCAAGUUGGCAAGUCCAUCCACCUUAUGGAAUGGGAUAUGGCAUGCAGUACCAUCCUACAGCCAUGUCCACGCCAGCUUUUCCCAAUUCAGCAAAAUCAAGGAAUCCAUUUGAUCUCAAUGAUGACAACACUCAAGCUCAAGGUCCAAUGUUGCCUUCUAUGUUGCCUGUGCAAGGAGCACUGCCAAAUUCGUCAGCUCCUACAGCCUUAUUGUAUACUGCAGAUACCCACUCCUCCCAUUUGAUGCAGCCUCAGGCUUCAUCUUAUGGAUCUAUACCACCUUCACAGAUACCUUCUUCGGGAAUGUCUCCUUCUCCUGGGGCGUUCAUGGGGCAACAAUUUCCCAAUAAUAUGCCAUUUCCCAGACCACAAAAAGUUGACACUGUUAGUAGAGGUAACGAUGCUUUUGCCUCCUUGAACCCAAUUCAGCAGCCCAUCAGCAGAUAUUCAGCACCCACUUCUACUCCGAAUUCUGCUUCAUCAUCAUCAGGAGGAAACCCAUUUGCAUAGUGGCUAGAAUGCAUUAUUGGUAUUCCAUAUUUGAAUCAUAAUCUUCCCGCUUUGGGGCCCCAGUCGGGUUGAGGCUGAAAUGUAACGAGCGAGCCAUCUGAAUGAAGUAAUUUGCAACGAAACAGAUUGUCAUCCUUGGAAUGGAGCACGUGUGCGUAUGCUCAGCACAAAGGUGUUCUUUCAAGGUAUUUGUAAAAAAUUAUUGUUAAAUUCAGAUUAAUAUAUGUUUCUGUUUUCUUCUCACUA